GACUGGAUAGCAGUAAUAGAACCUCCCCUGUCAGGUCCGGGAGCCGGUGUGUAAGGGACCCAAUUACAGUGUAAAUGUAGCCUAAAACUCCCCUUCGACUGUUAAUAUGUCGCUAUAGCUGUAGACUAUGGACGCAAUGAACUUUUUCUAUAUUCCCCAUCAUCAUAGCUGGUAGCCAGCAGGGCGGGAAGGUCAUUGUGUGGCGGCUUGCUAUCAAUAACACCAGACACCUCAGGAGUGUGGUCCCUGGAAAGUUGUGAUUACCACACACGUUUAUAACGUAGAGGAGCAGGGGUUUAUGACGUAGCUAUAGGACGUCACGGCUCCUCAGGUCACCCCCGCGUGAAGCGCUCGCAGUCGGGACAGGGGAGCUCCUCACCUCUGCACAUGCGCCUCCUCGGGUCUUCCCUAUGCGCGGGAGGGGGGAGCUCCUGCAGACCACGGCUCUGUGCUGCUGCUGCUGCUGAGGCUGUCACUGCUGCACUCUCCGCCGCCUCCGCCGCUCUCUGUCAUCGCCUGCACCUGCCGGAGGAAAGCGCAGUGUAAGGUUUUCAUCCAUCGAGGAUCAAAAAUGGAUUAACCAUUAGGCAACAAAUAGGAUUUCAAAGUGGAAAAUUUUCCUUACCAGGUGGUACAGGAAAUGUGUGAAAUGCUCAUCUAGACGUGGAUCCUGUACUAAGUAUAUUGUCAACUAAACCAAAAAGGAAAUUGAAAGACAGAAAAAAAAGAGUGGAUUUUUUAAUCUUUACGCUUGAGACAUCGAUCAAAUUUUGUGUGAUUGUUGCCGGAAUCAUUCCUCGACAAGCUGAAACUCUGUAUACAUUUUUAAUGUAUUUCCUCUACAUGACAAAUAACUAGCUAUUUGUCAGCUGGAAGGGAUGGUACAUUCUAUUCUCAGAUGAGAUAUGGUACAAGAUGAUACUUUAAUAUGACAACUAGCAGUCGUUCAUGUCCUCUACCAGCUGUAAACGGACAUAUGAAUCACUAUCCAGCCACCCACUAUCCCUUCUUAUUUCCUCCUGUCAUUGGUGGGUUGCCUUUGCCACUUCAUGGAUACCAAGGCCAUCCUCCCACAAGCAGUUGCAGUACUCCGUCUCCUGCAACCAUCGAAACACAGAGUACUAGCUCCGAGGAGCUGGUGCCGAGUCCCCCAUCCCCACCCCCUCCUCCUCGAGUUUACAAACCCUGUUUUGUGUGUCAGGACAAGUCAUCAGGAUAUCACUAUGGAGUCAGUGCAUGCGAGGGGUGCAAGGGCUUCUUCAGGCGGAGUAUUCAGAAGAACAUGGUUUACACGUGUCACAGGGAAAAGAACUGUGUUAUCAAUAAAGUGACACGGAAUCGCUGUCAGUACUGCAGACUACAGAGGUGCUUUGAAGUGGGAAUGUCCAAAGAAUGGAAGGCUGUCAAUCAUUCAGUGAGACCCCCCACUGGACUCAUAAGCCAUGAAAGAGAAGAUACUUCAAUCACAGUCAGAAAUGACAGAAACAAGAAGAAGAAAGAACCCUCGAAACAGGAGUGCACAGAGAACUAUGAGAUGACAGCCGAGCUCGAUGACCUGACAGAGAAAAUCAGAAAAGCCCAUCAAGAAACCUUCCCCUCCCUGUGUCAGUUGGGAAAAUACACUACGAAUUCCAGUGCUGAUCACCGUGUACGGCUAGACCUCGGUCUAUGGGAUAAAUUUAGUGAACUUGCAACAAAGUGCAUUAUCAAAAUAGUGGAAUUUGCAAAGCGGUUGCCUGGAUUUACAAGCCUGACCAUUGCAGAUCAGAUCACUCUACUAAAAGCCGCCUGUCUGGAUAUUUUGAUCCUUAGAAUUUGCACAAGAUACACUCCAGAUCAGGACACAAUGACUUUCUCAGAUGGCCUUACUCUCAACCGAACUCAGAUGCACAAUGCAGGGUUUGGUCCACUCACAGACCUUGUGUUCACAUUUGCCAACCAGCUCCUACCCCUAGAAAUGGAUGACACAGAGACCGGCCUCCUCAGUGCCAUCUGCCUAAUUUGUGAAGACCGUCAGGAUCUUGAAGAGCCGGCUAAAGUAGAUAAGCUGCAGGAGCCAUUACUGGAAGCAUUGAAAAUUUAUAUCCGAAAGAGAAGACCCAACAAACCCCAUAUGUUUCCAAAGAUUUUAAUGAAGAUCACAGAUCUUCGCAGCAUUAGUGCAAAAGGUGCAGAACGUGUUAUCACAUUGAAGUUGGAAAUACCCGGAUCGAUGCCGCCCCUUAUUCAGGAAAUGUUGGAGAACUCAGAAGGCCACGAGGCAUCCAGUCCAAGUGAGAAUGCACCAGAGCACAGUCACAACAUCUCAACCAAUCAAGAGGAGGAGCGGGUCAGCAAAUGUGCGCAGGUGCAAUAAGGCCCGACUCCCCACAAGACAUUCCCAACACAAUAUGCACACAGGGAUGACAAGCAAAGAAGCAUUUUUUUCCCAUCCCCGUUGCUGAAUUUGCAGAUCCAAAACAUGUUCAGAUUCCUCAGCAAGACAAGACCAAGCUGGUUUCCAUUUAUAUAAACCUAUAUACUUUUGCUGUUUACAUUCUUAACUUUGCUGGACUAUUACAAAUAGAAGAAACCACACUAAAAGCAGCCAUUUUACAGAACAAGAAAUAAAGCUAUGUCUAUUUUCUCUUCCGAUCAUCAGAUUGCAUGAUCUUUGAAGACUUUGUACAUAACCUAUUUACUGUUCUUUCGGCUGGAUGUUCGGUGCUUUCCUUCUGUCUUGCAUACAUAAAAUGAUCAAGACAAGGUAAAAAAGAAAAGAAAAAAAAAAAUGUAAAAAGAAAAAACUACAAAAACAAAUGGACUGUUGUACGUGUCCAUGUAAGGAAAAAUAGACUGACUGUCAUAUAGGUCAUAACAUGCCCUCAACUGCAUUGCGUCUAUUCCCCUCCUCUGAGGAGGUUGUGGAAGAACAUUCACUACAUUAUCUGAAGCCAGUUUUGUAUCUGAGUAACUGCCUGUUCCGUUAGAAGACAUUAUUGUAGAGUUGUCAGUGUCACUUUAAGAAGGUGGAUCAAACAGAUGUGAUUGUUUUGGUGGAUGAUAUUUACAGGUGCAUUACUGCAGUAAUUGUAGCCUCAAAGGCACUUUCCAGUGUUACAAUGUUUUGUCUGUUUUCUUUUAUUUUUCAUGUUUACCUGUUCACAAGCCAUUAGAGAAAUGUUUGUGUGUGGUUCACUACUUAUGAGUGGGUAUUGCAUAAAAGGCCCCAGUCCCCUUUAAUUUCCCAGAAUACAUCUCUCCUGUGCUUAAAGGGGUACUCUGCUGCUCAACGUUUGGAACAAACUGUUCCGAACACUGGAGCCAGGAGCUUGUUAUGUCACGCUCCGCCCCCUCAAUGCAAGUCUAUGGGAG